CUUACGGGCUUACUCGAUCGACAACUUGCACGUCGAAAUGGGUCUUGGUCAACUGCACGUUUGUCUACUAGUAUGCUGUGUCCUAGGGCACUACAUCGCACCAGGCACGGCCACAUUACACCUAUUUGGCAGCGGAUACCGCUGGGUAAACUAUGGACGGCCGAAAGGUUGCUCCGAGUUGAGGUUCAGCUCAUCUAAAAAAUACCAAAUAUGUAGAGAUGCAAGUUCCUGGACCUGGGCACAAGGGUACUGCAGAUACAAAUUGGGUGGAAAUCUUGCCUAUAUUGGAUCUAACAUGUACCAAGAGCAGAGAGAAUUUAACAGGGCAUUGAAAAAAUAUAAUGUCACGGAUGCCUGGAUAAACAGUAAUUCACGAAUUUCAAAGAGACACACUUCUAUGUACAGCAGAUUUUCCUCUUAUACCAGCACACAUUGGGUGUAUUCUUCAACCUACAAAUGCCCCUCAAGGAUACCAUAUGGACGCUACAAAAGAACAGUGAGUAUUACCAGUAUAGGCGGUUGGUGCAGCAGUCUUCGCCUCAGUGUUUUCGGCACAGGUGCAACACGGUCACUGCCCUGUGAUUGUGCACUACCCUUCAUUUGCGAGGUAAAAGCAGGUUCGGGGCUCAAGAACCCUUGUCGGAACAAUGGAACAUACGACGGUUACCGCUGCCAUUGUCCAACAGGAUUUUCCGGCUCUUUCUGUGAAACCAGCACCAGUUAUUGCGCCAGAUCUGGUAUAUGCAGUGGACGAGGAAAGUGUUAUGACAUGUACAACUUUCAUCGUUACAUAUGUAAAUGUGACAGUGGUUUUACAGGAAGAAAUUGUGAAACAAACAUCAACGAUUGUGAUUUACGCUCCUGCAGCGGACAUGGAUGGUGUCAAGAUGGCAUCAAUAGUUACACGUGCCAUUGUGACGCUGGUUUUACUGGCGUGGAUUGUGAGGCUAAAAUAAACGAAUGCGCCAGCAACCCGUGCCACCAACAGCAAGGGGCGUGCGAAAGCGUGUUGGGCAGUUAUAAAUGUCAUUGUCACCCAGGGUUCACGGGUGAAACUUGCGACGUCAAUAUAGACGAAUGUGCAUCUCAACCUUGUAAGAAUGGAGGUACCUGCACUGAUGAAAUCGACGGGUUUUCCUGUCAGUGCUUACCUGGAUUAACGGGGAAAACGUGCGAGAAUAGCAUCAAUGAAUGUGACUCUCAACCGUGCAAGAACAACGGGAUGUGCAAAGAUGGGAUGAACUUUUACGUCUGCAUUUGCCCCGCUGGGCUGACUGGCAAAACGUGCACCGUGAACGUAGAUGAAUGUAAAUCUAACCCUUGUGUAAAUGGUGCUGUGUGUGAAGAUGCCUUAAAUGGUUAUGUUUGUCGAUGCAGAAAUGGGUUUACUGGAAAACACUGUGAAACUAACAUUGACGAAUGUGCAUCUCAGCCGUGCAAGAAUAACGCCACAUGCAUCGACGAUAUUAAUGGAUAUUCUUGCAUAUGUGCAGUCGGUGUUACAGGUCCCAGCUGCGAGACCAAAAUUAACAAAUGUGCAUCUCAGCCCUGCAGACAUGGCGCUACUUGUACAGAUGGUAUCGACGGAUACAUGUGUCAGUGCCCCUCUGGUUUUACCGGUUCUCGAUGUCAAACCAGCAUAGAUGAAUGUGCAUCCAAUCCUUGUUUGAACAACGGCUCAUGUCAAGAUAAAGUCAAUGGAUACAUUUGCCAAUGUCCAGGUGGUUUUAGUGGAGUUAAUUGUGAAGUGCCACCUACCACUAUUUCUAGUACUGUCACGCAACCCUCUACAACUACCACCAUGGCAGCAAAAGAAAGUACAUCUACAGCAACGCCAUGUUCUGCAAACCCCUGCAAAAACGGCGGACAAUGCAAGGAUACUGAUUCUAGUGCUACCGGUACAUAUAAAAGUAACCUCGGUGACUACCAAUGUUUAUGUCCUCCAUUUUAUACCGGCAAGCAUUGUGAAACCCAAAUCGUUUUCUGUCAGUCCAACCCAUGUCAGCAUGGGUCUACAUGCGUUCCGAAGCUUGGGGGCUACAACUGCACCUGUCCGGCCACCCACAAGGGAACCCACUGCCAAACCCGUGUCGACCCUUGCGCCAGUUCCCCCUGUCUUCACGGCGGACGCUGUAGCACACAACUCAAUGGGACCUUUCAGUGCACAUGCCCAAGUUUGUGGUCCGGGGCCCACUGUGAGCGAUGCCUUUGUCAGAACGGAGGUAGUUGUGACUACAGUCCCACUGACGGUCACGUGUGUCGCUGCCAAGCUGGGUUCAUCGGGCUGAAGUGUGAUACUAAAGUGAACGAAUGCGACAGCUGGCCAUGCCGGAAUGGCAUAUGCACUGACUUGGUAAACGGUUAUAAAUGUGACUGUGACCCUGGCUACACAGGUAAAGACUGUGAAGUCAAGACUGGCAGUUUGAAUGGUUAAUAUAUUGGCCGAGUACAUUUCUGUACGGUAUCAGUUUGAGAGAGUGUCAACUUUGUAGCUAUGGCAGGCAGUAAUGCCAGAGUCGCCUCGACGGACCCCCGCAAGUUUACUGAAUUAAUUCUGACAUUCUGACUGGUACAAUUGGGCUUGUAAAAGGGGUUAAACCCCUAGCAGCGUACUUACAUUUUAAAAGCAGUAACUGGUGCGAUACAGAAAAGUGUAUCGCUCAACGUGAAAAAAAAAAUCAUAGAGAUUUGUUUUUAGCUGAAAAUAAGACCUUCAAUUGUAAUUCCUAGAGUGGACUGAAUUUUUAAUGUAACAAUUAACGUACAGUGUCUACAUGCUGUUGGCAUUACCAAAAGGCAUUCGCGGAUCGACCUCAUUGAUUCAGAACAGACAUUAAAUUGCUUAACAGCUUUAAUUAUUUGCCACCAUUGUUUGAAGUAAUAUUGGUCUCUGAACUUUCACUUUUGUGUGGAUCACAAUGCAGUAAGUUAAAAACGGUAUUUGGUGAAUUAAUUUCAGAUAUUUAACAUCGCUUGCGCUUAUUAUGGAGGAAACAUUACACUAAAACUCAUUUUAUUUUAUAUGAUUUUCCCGGUGCAGCAGGAAAUACGUGGUUGUUAGACAGAAAUUUAUACCAAUCAAUCUGAAAAAAAAAAAAAGCAGCCAAGCUGUAAAAUAAACAGACGGUAAAGCUUAUAAUGAUGCAUAAAAUAUUUUUUUUCUCAAUAUAAUGCUAUUUUAUAUGCUGCUUAAUACAAAACCGACAUAUUUUUUUAAUGAGAUUAGGCUCAAUCGAAUCAUAUGGCAGCUAUAGAUGGAUCUGUUUACUUGCUUAGAAAUAUGAGCCAAUAAAUAUACAAAGUACAUUUUAUGUGGAAAAGUAGACCAAAAGUCAAAUUCACGGUCACAUUAAGAUGUCCAAUAAACUAC